UGUUGAGGAAAUAGCUAUUUUUUUCGUUUUCUUAGACACAAUUUCACAUGAAGACUUAAAAUAUAGAUACAGUGUUUUGUGUUUGAAUAUUUAUAUUUAUGUGAUUUGACUCAUUUUAAGAGAAUGGAUUGGAUAUGUACCAUAAGCAACUGAUUGUGUUUAAUAAUUAGUAUUUCGUCGCCGACGCCAUUUUGUUUGCCUUUAAAUUCAUUCAUUUAUAGAUGGAACUUGGAAAAAAAAGGUAUAAGGGUGGUCGGACACCUUCAAUAAGGUCCAGUGAAAGGCGACGCCCUCAAAGUAUUUCAUCAUUAUCCACAUUAUCUCCGAGAGUUGUAUUAUCCAGAUUGGAACCUAGGGAUUUGGAGCGCCUUCGAUUAUCCUACAAAGUUGCAAUCGACCAAAGACGAUCAAGAAGCUGCCGUGGCAUGAACAUGGGUCAAAAAAUUAGUGGUGGAGUUAAAACAGUUAGUCGUAAUGAUUCGCAGGCUACCUUUAAACCAAUUAUACCAAGGGAGCUACAAGCUGAUUUUUUAAAGCCAGCGCGCAUUGAUAUUUUGCUUGAUAUGCCACCAGCGAUUCGAGAACUUCAGCUUAAACAUUCUUGGAACUCUGAAGACAGGUCGCUAAACAUAUUUGUGAAAGAAGAUGACAAGUUGACAUUUCACAGGCAUCCGGUCGCGCAGAGCACAGAUUGCAUCCGUGGAAAAGUCGGCCUCACAAAGGGAUUGCACAUUUGGGAAAUUUAUUGGCCAACGCGACAAAGAGGAACACAUGCAGUUGUUGGCGUAUCCACAGCUGAUGCACCCUUGCACUCAGUUGGGUAUCAAAGUCUAGUUGGAUCUACUGAACAAAGCUGGGGCUGGGACUUAGGCAGAAACAAAUUGUACCACGAUUCAAAAAAUUGUGCUGGUGUCACAUAUCCAGCAAUUUUGAAAAACGACGAAGCUUUCCUGGUUCCAGACAAGUUCUUAGUAGCCUUAGAUAUGGAUGAAGGAACCUUAAGUUUUAUUGUUGAUCAGCAAUAUCUUGGUAUUGCGUUUAGAGGGCUGAAAGGAAAAAAACUGUAUCCAGUUGUUUCAGCGGUCUGGGGACACUGCGAGAUAACUAUGCGCUACAUAGGCGGAUUAGAUCCUGAACCCUUGCCGCUAAUGGAUCUUUGCCGACGAACUAUUCGGCAAAAAAUUGGACGGGCAAACUUGGAAGAACGCAUACAACAGCUUCAACUUCCAUUGUCGAUGAAAACUUAUUUAUUGUAUAAAAACCGUAGAUAAUAUUUUUGAUAAGUAAAAAGUGUACCAAUUUUAAUUUUUGCUGCAUGUGAUGAAAGCAGUAAAAAAACACAAUUAAGUUAGUUUAUAAUAGUCUUAGAUCAAUGUUAGUUUUUCUGUCUUCUACCAGAAAACGUAAAAGGUAUAAAAUAUAUAAAUACUUGAAUAUAGGUUUAAAAGGUUUAUUGUAUAUUAAGUCGCAUGCAAUUAACUGUAUUUAUAGAAAACGACAUCUCAUUUUGCAAUAAAUUGAGGAAACGUACGUUCUUCAUUUAAAACUUAUAUUCCUAAAAAUAAAAAAUAUUUAAAAAUACUCCACGUGGUAUAUAUAUAAAAUAUAUUUGUAAAAUACAUUACACGCAAAUAUACCCAUUCGAAGUAUAUUUUUAGUUUUAACGAGCUACUUCUGAUCGCGUAUAUUUUGUGUAUAUUUUAUAUAUAUUUGGUAUGCUCAAACUGUCUCGAAUUAACUUAUUACGGGAGAAUAGAUUCGUAUUAAAAAACAGUUUUAAUAGGUGCAAUAAUUUAAAAAGAAUGCAGUUAAAAUGAAUUCUCUUGAAUGCUAUCAAAUUUUGGUUAACAAAAUAUGCAUAGCAAAUUAUAUGCAUACCCAAAAAAUUCUCCAAAUAUUCUCCAACCUUCUAGACAAAGCUUCACCGUGACGAACAUUUUAAAACCCGAACUAAAUCGGGUAUUAAAAGCGUUGCGUUAAGAGACAAAAUUGAAUUUCGAAAUACUGCCAUUGAAAUAUAGGGCAGUGCAUUUCAUUAUUUAAUUUUUCAAAUUGAAAUCUGUAUUAACUAAGCUGAGUAAAUAUAUUAAUAAACCUUGUUGUGUUUCAAGUAUGACAGCUUUAUUUCUUAGCUUCAAUAAUACGAACAAAUAUUUAUCUAUUUUGUGCUGAUUGUCGUUCGAAUUGGAGAAGUUUGACUGGUAUGCUCAAUAAACUGCGGUUAAUCGUAAUGCGCGUUAUGCGUUGUAUAGUU